AUGGCUCGGUUGCGAUCGACAGCCGCCAUUCCCGAGGGCAUCUCGAAUGUUGUGGCCGAAGUGCUGGAUGCAUGCAGCGAGAUUGCCGGUGAACUGUUCCGCCAACAGCUGACCGCUGCGCCAUUCUUCCCGAAGCGCCCUCGCGCCAAUCCUGCUGUCUGGCGCCUGCUCCUCAACCGCCAAGACCAGCGAGCGGCCUUUCUGCUCGAAUGUUCGCCAAUCUCGAUCGAGCGCGUAGAGCGCAACGCGUCCAGCGUGUUGGACUCGGCUCUGGAGGCCAUGCCUGGCAGUAGCAAGGGCAAGUCGUCGGAGCCAACAGCGACAUCCUCCGCUUCGACUUGGAACCUCUUUGAUGCUGCCACUUCAAGCGAGGCAAGCGAAACAACGGACCUGUACACUUUCGCGCCGUCGGCGUUGUUGGACUACUUUGCUGUGCGCUUCAUUGUGGCCGCUCCCGACACUGACGAGUUUGUCAGCCGCUUCCGCACUUAUCCGAGCUUUACGGACGAUCUCAACAUGGUCUCUCUGUUUGCCGACCGCGUCCGCAAUGAUGCGUCGGUGGAAGCCCAGUUUAAACAGAUUGUCGAACGAGCGCGCAAAUCCGCUGCCAUUGGACUGACGAGCGACGCUUCUGUCGCGGAUCACUCGGUGGCCAACGCAAUGUCAGUUCUCACCGCGGCCGGCUGCUCGUUCAAUCGAGCUGCGCUGCAAAAUCUGCAAGCGCCGGAUGCCAACUUGACCCAUGCCAUGCUCGUGGAAGCGGAUGUUUCUGGGAGCGAUUUGAGCGCCGCGACGCUUGCUGGUGCCCAAACACGCGAUUUGGGCAGCAAGGGCGCCCUCGUGCCAGCAGGCCCAGUGGAACACUUGCCGCUGGUGUCCAACUUGAGCGGCGAGGCGCUCGCAGCAGCCUUCUCUCAGGAUGGGUUGCUCUUGACCGUCAUUGACUCGAGCCUGCGUGCCUCUCGCUGGGACGUCCGGUCCGUCAUGCGCUCUGAGCUCGCGACUCGCGAUGUUUCUAAAACCGUUGCAUCUCCGCUCUCCGCGCCGUUAUCGUCGUCCUCAUUGUCCUCUCUGAGCUCGUCCGGCGCGCUAAGCUCACUCACUGCAGCGAGCGCUUCCGCCAAGUUGGUCGACGAGUGGCAGUUCAGCGACCCUCCAGCCUGGUGGAAGUCGCUCUUUGGAGACGCUGCAACCGAGCCCGCCGACUCGUCCGCUGGGCAGAGCUUGGUGGCUCAGCCGGUGCUGUCCGCCACUGGCUCGGUCGCUGCUGUCGCCGGACUCGAGCAAACCGAGGCUGGAGCCGUGGACGGCGAACUGGCAGGCGCGCCCAAUUUCGCGAUCGUGUUGCACGACAUUCGUCGUUCCAGCUUCUUCCGUCGCGUCCUCGUGGGGCACCAGCACAAAGUGACGUCGAUGAUGUUUGUUGGCGAUGCGCAUCUUGUCUCUGGCGAUGCUUCUGGGCAGAUUCGAAUCUGGCACAACGCUCUUCUCUCAAGCGAUGCGUCCGUUGUUUUUGGCCCUGGAUCUGCACAAGAAUCGGAGGCUGCAACCUCUCGUGCCAUCACUGCAACCUCGUUUAUUGCCCAGCGCGAGUACGAGUUGACCAUUCACGAAGGAGAUGAAGUGCAAGUACUGGAUCAGUCCAACCCGGACUGGUGGUGGAUUUCGUUCGGUGGCCGACAAGGCUGCGUUCCACAAAGCUGCCUGAUGCCGUUGGCUCAGGAGGCUGCUCGCUCUCUGUCAGGAUCACGCACCAGUUUGCUCGAAUCGGUCCCUUCCAGCGAGGCUUUCAUUGUGGCCCGCAGGAAGGCGCUGGGAACCAAGCCUGUGUUGCACGCAAACAUGAUUGGAGCGCAAGGAGAGCUCGUGGUCGCUGCAACCACCAAAGCCGUGCAGCUGUGGUCUGUGGAGGAGCGUGUGCUGGCACGCGAGCAUGUUGUGGCUCAUGCGCACAUUGUCGCUGCGACCAGCAACCAGAAGUGGAUUGCAUGCACCACAGAUCGCCAUCUCGUCCUGGUGUUUGCCAUCACUUCGCACCUGUCGACCAGCAGCAGCAGCAGCAGCAGCAAACAGCUGCCUCAUGCGUAUCGUGGCGCGCAACUCGAGCAGUCGUAUACCUUUGACUUGAGCCGCGGCCAGUUUGACCAGCUUGGAGCUGGCAUGCUCGCCUCUGCUGCACUGGGAUUGCCUUCCUCGCGUGGUAUUUCGCUGAAACUGGCGACGCAAAGCAGUGUUCUCGCUUGCAGCGGCGCAACUCAGGUCACCCUGUUUGACCUUGAUGCUGGCCAUACGGUAGCACACCGUCAAAUUGAAGGCGGACACGUGGUCGGAUUUUCCGACGACUGCUCAUCCGUCGCCGUCGCGUUUAGCAAACGGGUGCUCCUUUGGGAUGUCGAACUGCCUUCCGACCGCGAACUUUCCCGCACCCAAUGUGGUGGAUUGUCAUGCCUGUCGGUUUGCGCAUCCGCCAAUCUCCUCGUCACCGGUGAGACGUUUGGAAGUAUCAAAGUCUGGGAUGCGUCGUCAUUGGCGUUGCUGGCAACGUUGGGCCAGUCAUUCCCCGUGCACUCUGUCGCCAUGUCUCCGCUCGGCAAUCUGGUUGCUGCUGCAGGGCUUACCAUCGAGCAAAACACCAGCGCGCUUCAGCCCGGCCAGGUGCUCAAAAUGUGGCAAACGCUGCCAACGAAGACUCAAGAAGCCAAGCUCAUCCAGGGUUGCGAGCGCCUGGUUCGCUCGGUGAGCUUUGGCCGCGACGGCAAGUUCAUGGCAUGCGGCGAAGCAGAAGGCCGGGUGACCGUGUGGAGUACCGAGACUGGACGCGUCAAGUACGAUUUUGGCAAAAUUGCGCGAACAGCAGCCCCAAUCCCUGGAGCUGAUUUGGCCUUGGACGACCGUGGGCACGAGGGCCCGGUACUCAGUGUGUGCUUUUCUCAAAACACUGCUCUGGUCGACAAUGACGAUGGAGGCCGGUUUGUUCUCGUGUCGUCGAGCGAAAGCCCCUCUGCAACUGUCGUGUUCUGGGACUUGAUCUCGGGUCAGUCCAUCCUUCAGUUGGCCGGCAUCGGAGGCAGGGUGGCAGAGCUGAGCAGCUGCAGCCAGUACCUCGCAGCCACCGUUGCAUCGAGCGGGUACCGCACGGUUGCCGUCCAUGUCGUGCCCUCGCUGCUUUCGAUGCGUCAGCUGCAGCUUUCGGCUGCGCUGCUUGCCCAAAAGAAGCCUCCAACCCCUCUGCUGACCUUCCGAGGCCACGAUGGCCCCGUCACUUGCAUUAGUUUUGCCCCGAACGGCAUGGUUGCUGCGACUGGCAGCGCCGAUACUACCGUUCGCAUCUGGGCCAUGCCGCCUCCGCACACGCGGAAUAUCUCGAACGCUCGCGCCAACGGCAGCGGCCGAUGCCUGGCCGUCCUGAGGGCACAUACCGACAUUGUCACGUCCGUUGCCUUCCACGGCGAGAGCGGCAUGCUGUACUCCUGCGGUCUGGACGGCGCGCUGCUGCAAUCCGCUCCCGUGGCGCCGUGCUCUGCAUCUUCCGCUUCGUCUGCCUCCUCUGCAGGUCUGGCGACGCUUUCUUCGACCCCCAUCGAAGCUGCUAGUGCCACCGCACCCGUGCCCCAUGGCCAGCCGCCAUCUGCAGCAGUCUGGCGCGUGGUUCGCGUGGCAGCCAGUCCUUCGCCACCGCUCGUCCAAACCGAAGGGUUGCUCGCUCGCGCCACCGCCUGCUCCAUUCAAUGAAUCAUGAUUGUGCGCGUGUUUGAAAGUGUGUUUGUUGUAUUGCUGUAGAUCUGUUUCUGUACGAUUGAGUAUUGAAUGUG